AUGGGAGGGAAGAAAGAGGAAUGGAAUACUAAGAAUUUGAGCCAGAGACUUGUGGUAGAUGCAGGAUGUGCGGUGGCUGCGGGUGCUGCUGUUGCGCCUGUUGUUAGUAUGAUUGAUAGAGCCAUCAUGGAAAACGCGUCAGGGAAGCAAGCCCUCAUGACAUCGAUCAAGAAUUCCAUGUCGAAACUCUUUCUCCGACCACAUCUUUACCUGACUUCGAAACCUUUUGCGCUCAUUGUCAUGGUCUACGGCGGCACAUACCUCAGCGCGAAUUUCCUCGAUACGUUCAAAUCCACCACACGUUGCAGACCUGCGAGCCACGUUACGCAUGGACCGGCGAAAUUCGCGGCUACGAGCGCGGCGAAUCUGAGUCUGACGAUGGUGAAAGAUAGCCAGUUUACGAAGAUGUUUGGCACGGUCAGCAAUCGACCCGUCCCGCCUGUCACGUACGCACUCUUCGCUCUCCGCGAUGCCAUGACGAUUUUCGCGUCGUUCAAUCUCCCGCCUAUGAUUGCUUCGCGACUUCCGAUGACUGAGGCGGCUGAGAAGGUUAUGAGCAGGACGUCCGCAGCUCAGUUCUUAGCUCCAGCGGCUAUUCAGCUUGUGAGCACGCCGUUCCACUUGUAUGGGUUGGAUCUGUACAACCGGAACGGUGGAACACCUUUCAGCGAUCGCUUGAAUAAGGUGCGCAUUGAUUGGUUGAAGAGCAGUCUGGCACGAAUGUGUCGUAUCGUUCCCGCCUUUGGAUUUGGCGGCGUCUUGAACAACAGCUUGAGGCUUCGCUUCCAGAAGCAGUUAGAAUAG